AUGGCCACAUUGCCAGAGCUGCAAGACAAGGUUGCUGACCUGCAGAAGCAGAAUGAAAUCCUGGGAAUGGAGAAUGAGAUGCUCGCCGACUACCUGCAGCGGGAUGCAGACAGGGCCUCCGGCCUGGAGGACACAGAUGAGGCCUUGUCAGACCUCCCGUCAUCGCCUGUAGACAAGGGCAAGAAGGCGGCUAAAGGUGGUCGGCAAGGGCAACAGCGCGGGCGCCAAUUACCGACAGCUUUAAACCUAGAGGACAAGUUCAGGAUAGCCAACCAGGAGAUGGAAGCUUUGACAAAGGACAUAGCUGCGAACCCAGUGAGUUGCAAAGCUUCGCGUCUCAGUCCUGCAGCUGUUCAUGCCAAGAUGUCGGCUCCCAACAGCCAGCAACGCCAUGCAAUAUGUGGAAUAGAACAACCCACCCUCAUAUAG